CAGUUUAAGAGCCGGCAACUCCAUCCAGUGUUGUCCAUGUGUAUCCGAUUAGACAACGCAAAACCCACACUAAUGGAUUCUGGAACUCCGCUCUGCUUGUCCCUCUUUGUGAGGGCUUUUAUGAUUUCUGCCACAGUAUCAGCACUCAACCUUGAAGGGGAACUGUUCAAGGAUUUGAUGAAGGGUUACAACAAGAACGUCCGGCCCAUGGAAAACAGUGGUGACAUCACUCAGGUCGACAUCAAGAUGACGCUUACCAACCUCAUCUCUCUGAAUGAAAAGGAGGAGGCUCUGACAACAAGCGUCUGGAUAGAAAUGCAAUGGUGUGACUACAGGCUCAGGUGGGACCAGCCACCCAGAUCAGCUCUGUAUGGGAACAUCACCUCGCAGAUGCGGGUCCCCUCCAAGAGCAUCUGGCUGCCAGACAUCAUACUGGAGAACAAUGUGGACGGACAUUUUGAGGUGGCCCUUUAUUGCAAUGCUCUGGUGUCUCCUGAUGGCUGUGUGUACUGGCUGCCUCCUGCAAUCUACCGCAGUGCCUGUGCCAUCACUGUCAACUACUUUCCAUUUGACUGGCAGAACUGCACCAUGGUCUUCCGCUCGCAGACUUACAGCGCCAACGAGAUCAAACUGGUCCUCAAAGAGGAGGACAACCACACGCUAGAGUGGGUGGACAUUGACCCGGAGGCCUUUACAGAAAAUGGAGAGUGGGCCAUCAAACACAGGCCGGCUAAGACGGUGAUCAACACUCAGUACACCAAGGAUGAGCUGGAGUACCAGGAGGUGGUCUUCUUCCUCAUCAUCCAGAGAAAGCCCCUCUUCUACGUCAUCAACAUCAUCGCUCCAUGUGUGCUCUUCUCCUCCCUCGGACUCCUCGUCUACUUCUUACCUGCCAAAGCGGGUGGACAGAAGUGCACCAUGUCUGUCGCCACUCUUCUGGGCCAGACUGUGUUCCUCUUCCUCAUCGCUAAAAAGGUUCCAGAGACUUCGAGGGCGGUGCCUCUGAUCGGAAAGUAUUUGAUGUUUGUGAUGUCAGUGACCACCAUGGUGGUGAUGAACUGUGUGAUAGUCCUCAACGUUUCCCUGAGAACCCCAAACACUCACAUAAUGACCGACAAAGUCCGAAAGAUUCUCUUAAACAUCCUACCUCGGCUGCUGAGGAUGCAGAUGCGACCCUGGAUACCGAACGGUGUCAGAGCUUCUGAAACUGGAAACGGGGAAACUAGGGCUACAGAAAGGAACGGCUUGCUCCUGGUCCCCCGCCGACGCCGCAGCUCCAUGACGCUCAUCACCAAGGCAGAGGAAUAUUCCACGAGGACAGCUCGAUCUGAACUCAUGUUCGCCAGACUCAAAGAAAGAAACGGACUGAUCAAAUCAGUGUUAGAGAAGCUACAUGAUGGGCUCCAGGGGGGUACAGCUGAGCAGGUCAGUGCCAGCCUGGCCCAGGCCUCUCCCCAGCUGAAGCAGUGUGUGGCCUCCUGCAACCACAUAGCUGAGACUGCAAGGCAACAGAACAACUUCCAGAAUGAGAAUGAAGAGUGGUUUCUGGUGGCCCGGGUGAUCGACAGGGCCUGCUUCAUCGUCAUGGUGUCUGUGUUUUUUAUCGGUACGAUCGGCAUCUUCCUGAUGGGCCAUUUCAACCAGCCUCCCUCCGAGCCUUUCCUCGGGGAUCCGAAGAAGUAUCUUCCUCGAAUGAACAACCUCACGGAUCUUACUGAAAGUGGGACAGGAGCAAACUACCUGGGGUGAACCGGGAGAAAAUCUCCAGAUCGCUUUACUUUAAUCGAAGUGGGACUCUGACGGCGUCUGUCCCAGAAGAUCUGGGAUCUGUGGACAGAGGUCGCUCAAACAGGCUUGUUCGUGGUAAUAAAGGAUCCACUGCACAGAUGUUGAUCCAUGGUGAUGCAUACAGCUGGUAUCAGCUGGGACUAAUAUGGAGGUUGAUGAUAUUUUAAGAAAUGCAAG